AUGAGUCUCAUAGACUGCUUGGAACAGGAAUUAUAUGCCCGAUCCGUUCCAUCAGCCCCGACGGCUGACUUUAUCAAGCAAGCCGAGGCACGAAUCGAAUUGGAUCAAGAAGGCCAACGCGAUCCUCGAACCCCCUCUGCGACCGAACAGAGUCUUUCUGGUCAGGCACCCCGGCGAAAUUGCGGCUUGGAGUAA